UUUAUAUAAAGUAUUGAAUAAUUAAAAUUAUCUCAAGUAUCCUAGAUAAAAAUAAUAAUUAAGAUAUCAUCCAAAUAAUUAUUUUUAUAUAAUUUUAGUUAAUUUUAGAGACAAUUAGCUAAAUAUACCCAACUGAAGUCUAUAUUUGCUAACUACACACUGAUUGAUAUUAAUGGUAUGGUAUAUGACAUUUAAGCCAUGAGUAGUCGAUUUUACCCCAUUUGUAAUGAUGAAAGCUUUUGCUGUCAAUUCUGACGCGACAGAAAACAAAAAUGUGCCAGCCGAAUAAAGUAGUGUUAGAAGUCAUAAAUUUACGGCCGAUUUCUGUCCAUAUUUACAAGUAUAAUAUCACAAUACUAAAAGCUCCAUUUUCUCAAAAUCUAGGCUGCCACGUCACCUAAAAUAAUCAGCCACUCACAACAUUUGGUUUCGGGCUGGGCUUCGAUUUUGUUUCAAUGGGAUUGAUUCGUUUUUCGGUCUGGGCUAAUAGGCUUCGUAUGGUUUGUGUUACGGCUUACUCCUUAGUUAAACCUAGAUCUAUAGAGGCAAGUCGCGAGUCUCUCCUUCUCUUCCCCAUUUCUCUUCGUCUUCUCCUCUGUGUUUUGAUCAUCCCAUUCUUCACGAUCGGUUUCUUUCAAUCAAUUCCGCCAUCAAUUUCUUCUUAUGGUUUCUUUUCAUCUUCCCCCUUUCCUCCUUCUUUAUAUAUUGUUUCUUCCCCCGUGUACAAAUAAAAACCCUAGAAACUCAAUUGAUGGCGAUGAAACCACAUGGGAAGUCGAUUGUGUCCUCCGAUAACGACGAAAAAGUCGUCUUCUUCAAAGAUCUCUCGCUGAGUCCCCACGAAGCUCAGUUGUGGUUUCGGCUCAUCCAUUUCUGGGAGGCUUGGAAUCCGCUAAAGAAGACGCUUAUUGGCAUGGAGAUGCUACUCAUCGACGAACAGGGAACUGUUAUUCAAGGAUUCAUUUCCCCAUGGCGUAUUGAAAAAUAUCUGCCUGAGAUGAAGCGAAGAUCUGUUUACAAACUCAACAACUUCUACGGAUCCAGAAUCAAAUCGGUGUUUCGGGUUGCUGAUCAUACCGUUACAGUGUCGUUCUCAUGGAACUCGGAGUUGAUGGUUCUUCUAGACUGUCCCACUCAUUUUGAUGCGGACAGUUUCCGGUUCCAUUCAUAUGAAGAGUUUCAAGCUAACUGCAACCUCAAAGGAGACCUCUACGAUGUUGUUGGCCACAUGAAGUUGGUUAAUGGUCAGAGUAUCGUUGAGGCACCAGUUCUUGACGAAGUGGAGAUAGCAAAAGCUAGGCGUGUUCUGAUUCAUGUCCAAUCACAUGAUGGACCGGUCAUGAAGCUAUACCUUUGGGAUCAGGCUGCAAGAGACUUCUGCAAAAAGUUCAAGUCGUACGAGGGCACACCCACUGUGUUACUGGUCACGACCGUUAACACGAAGACUCUCGGAGAUUCUGAUUUUUAUCUAUACUAUAGGUUUCUUACAGUUAUAUAUCAACAUUUUGUGUUCUUUAAUGGGUUUUUUCAUUUGACAACAUGUACUCUGGCCUUGACCUCAAUGUCCUCUUCACGUGUGUUUAUGGACUACGAUGUCCAACCUACCAUAGAUUACUUCAGUUGGUUGGGCUCUAAUCCUGAUAUUGCUGAGCAGGUUAAUGCAGAGGUAGUCACCAAACGUGAGACAAUGACUGACUAUAGGGGAAGUAUUCUCCUACAUCGAGCAGGAAUCUGCAAAGAACGCCUUCUUUGAGUGCACGGCUACGAUCGAUGAUGUAGUGCAUGGUUCUUCUUGGUACUAUAUUGCCUGCAGUGGGUGCCAUUCUAAGGUUAGCAAAGGUCCAACUUCGUUGAUCUGUACAAACAAGAAGUGUGGAAAGGUUAAUGUAUCUGGUGUUCCACAGUACCUGUCAAAGAUAUCCGUUUAUGACAACAGAGAGCAAGCUGUCUUUGUGCUACUUGGUGAAGCUGGUCAUUAGCUGACUGGGAAGCCAACAUCAGAGUUAGUCAGAAGCUAUUUUGAGGCUAAUGGGAACGAAGGAGUUAACCUUGAGGCGCCUGUUCCGAAAGCUCUAAUCAGCACCAUUGGUCAGAAGCAUAAGUUUUGUGUCAAAGUUACAGAGCAUAACUUUUCUGGUAAGACUCGAUCUCUUACCGUGACCAAAAUCCUCCCACUAGACACUUCACCAGCCACAGUGUCUUCGAAAGAUAACCAGGCUACUGCGACGUCUGAGGAGACAUCCGAAAACCGUGUGGAUUCAGCAGAUGGGAGUAACAGAACCUGUGACAGUUCUGAGCUGGAGAGAGCUAAACGCCCUAAGUGUGGGAACUAGGGUUCUCGUGACACUUCUCAGAGAUUGCAACUUCAAUUCAGUUUACGUGUUUGUCUCCUUUACAAUUGCCUGCAUGGUUUUUUCAUUAUGUCUUUGAAUUAUGAGAGUUUUUUCCUUGACUAUGGUUUCUCUCAUUUUGAAUUAUGAGAGUUUUUUUUAAGAAUCAUUUGUUAUCAAAUAUCAGAGUGUUUAAAUAAUUUGGGUUAACAUGUUAUUUUUUACUUA